GAAGAUUGUUUGAUAAUCUGUUUUAUACAGAAAAUGACGAGGCAAAAAUUCCCCGAUCUUUGCCUUACUGAUCCAGAUGAACUAAAAGACUACCAACAAUACGAAGAAUAUUUUUACUAAGGUUAUAUUCGACACGASUCGUCAAAUCACGUAUCAAAACGGACAUAGUCUGGUAAAGUGUUAAUGACAACAAUGGAGGAACGCAAAGAGGAAGAGAUUUCAACGGAAUAUUGCAACAACUGUAAAAGAGAUAUCCCUUCUGUGAAUUAUGUCAUGCAUACAUCACAUUGCAGCCGCAAUAUCAUGUUGUGUGAUUUAUGCAAUGAAGCAGUGCCAAUAUCAGAGAAAGAUGAGCAUUUUGAAGAAAAUCAUGCCAAGGUUAAGUGUGAAUGUGGUGAAUCUUUUGAAAAAAUGGAUCUUGAAACUCAUAAGGAAAGAGAYUGCACCCAUCGUAAAGUUGUGUGCGAGUACUGUGAACUGGAGUUACCAUUUUCUGAGAUGAAGUCACACAAGGAUUUUUGUGGAAGCAGAACAGAGUUGUGUGAGAAAUGCAGCAAAUAUGUCCAGCACAARGACUUGGCAGUUCAUUUGAAUAGUGAUUGCCAAGCAGAAUUACCAUCUAGGCAAAAUAAUGCUGCAGCAUCCACARUKCAAUCUGUAGGCCGUAAUAGGAUUCCUUUAGAUGAAUUCAUACACAAUGUUGAUAAUGUUGAUUAUGGAGAUGGUUAUGACUUUGAAGUUAAUGCUCUGCAGAGGUUGCUGCAAGCAACUAGCCAAGGGGGACUAUUUGGUGCUGGUGAUGUCAAUGAACAUAGGUCUUUUCAUGGUACUCGAAAUAUGUUCCCACAACCAACAAGAGAUGUYGUUGCAAGAGGUCUCACUCUGAAUUCUCAACCUACCAGACCAAGAAGGAAUAGACAUUCUGRUGACUUUGAUAAUUCAGUUUAUGAAGAUGAGAUUCCCAGAGGAAACCAACUAGAAACAGAUGAAUUGAUGGCUGCUUUGUUAGCUUGUGAGAAUGAGUACCCAGAAAGAGGUUUAAAUAAUCAAGCAAGUAAAUCAAGAAGGAAUAGACAUUCUGGUGACUUUGAUAAUUCAGUUUAUGAAGAUGAAAUUCACAGAGGAGACCAACUAGAAGGGGAUGAAUUGAUGRCUGCUUUGUUAGCAAGUCAGGAUAAUUACUCAGGAGGAGGACUGAAUAAUCAAGAAAAUAGAUCAAGUAGGAAAAGAUAUUCUGGUGACUUUGAUAAUUCAAUUUAUGAAGAUGAAAUUCACAGAAGAAACCAACUGGAAGAUGAUGAAUUGAUGGCUGCUUUUUUAGCAAGUGAGGAUGAUAACAAAGGAUUUGAUCAUCAACCGUUCAGCUCAGAAAGAGAUUUAUUACAGAGACAAAAUUCAUUUGAUUGUGAUACUGAAAGCAGAUACAAUCACCAUGAAUCAGCUCUAGACCAGACAGUUCUUCCUUGUGAGUUCUGUGGGGAAGCAAUUCAGGCACAAGAUCUUAUUUUGCAUCAAACAGGUUGUSAGCUAACGACCAUGGGAGCAUCAAAUACACCAUCCAGUGGAGGAUAUCCUAACCUUAGAAGUCAACCACGCUCUCUUCCUCCAUUGCAUCGUGAAUCACCUCAAGAUGACUUUCAAAGACUUAUUGAAUCAGAUGACAAUGAUGAGACGUUACUUCCCUGUGAGUUCUGUGAUGAMCCUAUUCACCCUGAUUUUCUCUUCUCUCACCAGAGCAUGUGUGACCCUCAGAGAACACGACCCUCUUCCGUCUUACAAACAGAACAUUUCUACGGGAGUCAACCUGAACGACACUUGUCAAACAAUGCUCGGCCCCGGGUUUCGAACAUACCACCUCGUCCUAGCAGGCCGGUGGUUAAUAAGAGACUGGAAGACAAAACUAUUGAUGAAUCACUGAACAAGGGKCCUGCAACUGUAAGUGCGUCGGUCAGAAAUGAUAAUCGAUCCUAUAUCGCGAGAAGUGAUAAAAGCGAUCAACGGAGACAGUCGCCAUGGCAACGUAAUGAUAAACGUGAAACAAACGGUACAGGCGCAUACUCCAAUGACUCACCGCUGACCGUUAUUAAAAGGAAUUCGAUGAAAAACUCAAAAAAGGAGGGGCWAAGGUAUUCAUCGCCUGAGCUGGCGUUAGACGAAAACAAAGUUAAUUACGAAAACGCUUUGCAAAGGAAGAGUAGUAGUUCAGGAUCUAGGGAAAAGCUAACUGGAUUUACAGGCCCGGAGAGGACAAAGUGGUAUCCUUUAGCUCAAGAAGCAGACCAUAUUGAAAAAAUGGCGAGUUCAAAGACUCCAAGUUAUGGAAGCAAAGCAGAGAGUAAACGCAACUUGGGGAAACCGGCUGACUUUUCGCCGCAUCAUCGCUCCUCAAAGCGUGAACCACUUGCUCCACGAUCUGACAAAAACAAAAGCACGGCAUCAAAAACCUCGACAAAAAAGAAAGGCUYUCCAAAUUCAGUGAAGAAAAGCGAACUUGCGCCAUGUUUUGAUGUUAAACCGCUGUCAAGUAAUGGCAGCAGUCGCAAUGACCGACCWCCAAGCCAGCCAAGGAGGGAAAGAAAUGUGAAAAAUAGUACGAGUGACAGAGGUGGCGCAGCUGCACCCAAUGAAAAAAGAGACGCUUCAAACACUGAAUCAAAGCCAAGGAGAUCGAAGAAGAAAUUUGCCUAAGAUAUGCGUCAGAAAUGAUGACUAAUAAGAAAGUAUUGUGUGGCAAAUCAUCGAAAAAAAGUUGUGUUUACCUAGUUGAGAUAAACUGACUGUUCAAUUGCGAUUCAUGAGUGUGCUAAAUUGUUGUGUGCAAAAGCAUGUUGUAGURUUAGGAUAAGUUAUUUUUUGUAGCGCUAUUUACGCAUGGAGGAAGUGUAGUAAAACAGAAAUGUUAGGAUUAUAUUAUCAGAUAUAUGAUAUAUCGUUAUGUAAAAUUAUUAUGAAUUGAUGACUAUGGCACAAUUCUUGUUGAUAUAGAAUGGAAAUUGGACUGAAUGAUUAAAUUUUUUCGUUACCACAAA